AUGGCUUCGGACGAGUUGCCGCAUGAAGUCAUUCUUUCGAUCCAACGAGUUCUCGAUAUUCAACCGACAGAAGAAAUAGACCGCUUAGAUGGCCUUUCACAAAAAUUCAAUGCAAUUGCAAUUUUGAACGAUUUCUUCCCCGAUGAGGCUUCUCUCGCGCACCUUGAGGCCGUGAGCGCCCAUCUGGCCGAAACACAUCAAGAGCUUCAGAGUGAAGUCAAUUCGCUGCAAUCAGAGUUGAGAGUUAGUCAGGAUCCAGAGAGAAUGUCCGUGAUACAGGAAAUGAUAUCGGAUCUGCUGGGCCAAAUGUCACGCAUAAGAGAAAAGGCUACAGAAUCAGAGGCCGUGGUUCGUAAUAUCACGAAAGAUAUCCAGGUGCUAGAUUUGGCAAAGAAGAAUCUUAUUACAAGUAUGACGAUGAUGAAGAGACUGCAAAUGCUAGUCAAUGCUUUAACACAACUGGAGGAUUUAAUUAAAGAGAAGAAAUACAGCGAAGUUGCACAGACUUUAGCGGCCGUGAAACAAAUAUCUUCGUCUUUCAAAUCAUAUACCGCGGUUCCACGGAUUAAUCGCGUUUGGAAGCACAUUCAGGAUGUCCAAGCGCGAUUGAAAACUCAGCUAGAUGCAGAUUUUGACGCAUUCUAUCUCCAGGACAGUAACAACAAGAUCAAAGCACCGCUAAUUGCAGAUGCAUGCCUAGUUGUCGACGUUCUGGGGCCUGAUGUCAAGGCACAUGUCAUUGAGCGUUUCGUUGCUUUGGAACUCAAAGAAUACAGACGUAUAUUUCGUACAAACGACGAGGCUGGUCAAUUGGACAAUAUCUCUAGACGUUUCGCCUGGUUCCGCAGGUUGCUUCAGACGCAUGAACUUGAGCAAGGCAGAGUGUUUCCAGCCGAAUGGCGGGUAAGCUGGCAUUUACUAGCCAAAUUCACGGAGAUUUCAAGAGACGACGUAACGACGCUUCUGACCAAAGCAGGCUCGAAUCUCACUGUAAAGUCGCUUCUAGACAAUUUAGCCAUGACGACGGAAUUCGAGCAAGCUAUGUCUAAAAAAUGGGCUACACCUUUUAAAGAAAUGCUCAAAGCGACGGACAACCCACAUUCGGAGCCUGGAAAACCUAUUUCUGCUGCAUUCGAACCACAUAUGGGCAUCUUUGUAGAUGCACAGGACAAGGUCCUUGUUGACAUGCUGGCGCCUCAUCGCCGAGGCAAAGGAAGUAAUAUCAAAGUACCAGCGCGGGCAUCGAUGGAAACCACCUCUGGCACAGAAGAUAACACUUCGUCGCCCAUGGUUGUCUUGCCUUCAUCAACCGACCUAUUCUACUUCUACGCUCAGAGUUUGGAACAAUGCGCAAAAUUAUCAACAGGUCAAGCCUUGUUUGAUUUAUGCACAGUACACAAGAAAUGGCUGCGCAUAUACGCCGAGGAAGUUCUUGCGGUUGAUGUCAAACGGCCUGUUGCGACCUCGAGGAAAUCGACGGAGGGUCGCUUUGAUCUUGAGUUGAUAAAGCAAAUCUGCCUUUCAAUAAAUACGGCUGAUUAUUGUCAAACCACUGCUCUUGAGCUCGAGGAAAAGGUCAAAGAGAAAAUCAAUCCGGAAUUCAAGGAGAAAAUUACUUUCCAGGUCGAAUGCGAUUUGUUCGUCAGUUCAAUAUCAACAGCCAUCAAUGUCAUUUUGAGGGAGUUUGAAGCCAACUGCGAUCCAUCAUUUACUACACUAAGCCGGAUGUCAUGGUCCUCAAUCAAUCAAGUCAGCGGACCGUCUCCCUACACGGGAGAGCUAGUGAAAUCGGCAGAACAAGUCGUUGAAUACAUCAAGCCAAGAAUAGAACAAAAGAAGUAUCUCCGAAAUAUUUUUGACAAAGCUUCGAGUAUCAUUCUGGUGAAGUUCACAAAUUCGCUUGUACGAAGCCGGCCCCUCAAAGAAAUCGGAGCUGAACAGCUACUCAUUGAUCUUCAAACCAUCAAAGCUUUCUUGGUCAAAAUGCCUGGCGACACGUUGGCUUCCACUUCAUAUACUCGAUCGUUAAAUAAGACGACUACCCGACUGGAGGCGUUACUGAAAGUUAUUGUGACACCUGUGGACCCACCAGAGGGUUUCAUUCUCAAUUAUACCUUAUUAAUAGGAGAUGCAUCAUUUUCGAAUUUCCAAAAGAUUCUUGACCUGAAAGGCACUGCGAAAGCCACACAAAAUAACCUUCUGGACUCGUUUUUGACAAUCACGAGCACGAAGACAGACCUUGAAAGCACUUCUUUCUUGUCCUCUUUAGACAUGGACCCACCAAUGACUGGUCAUGCAGGAGGCAGUCUCGUUAGCCCAGGUGCCAGUAGAGUCUCACUGCCAUUAGGUGGCAGCGAAGGCAUCUUUGCGAGCAUGACUGGGCCAGGACAGAGUGGGCCCACUACAGGCUCAAGCACUGCCGACAACGCUGCUGGCCGUGCUGAAAAUCACCGACGCGAAGUGUUUUCAGACUUUCGUCGGUUUGUCAGCUUCGGUUUGAGGAAAGAUUCGACAGCACCGUCAUAA